AAACGCGGUCUUGAAAGACAGCUGGCGCAUCUUAUUGACGUCACGAGUACACAGAACAGGAGAAGAGCUUUGGCCGUGGUGGUUUUGUGUUUUGCAUGUGCUAUCUUUUGCUCUCUUUUAACAAGCUGAUUUCAUAAGUUACGUGAUUAUACAUAUUCCGAAAGUAUUUUCAAUGGCUUUGGAAACCGUACCAAAGGAUCUGCGUCAUCAGCGGGCUUGUUUACUGUGCUCUCUUGUGAAGACGAUAGAUCAGUUCGAGUAUGAUGGCUGCGACAAUUGUGAAUCCUACCUACAGAUGAAAGGAAAUCGUGAGAUGGUGUAUGAGUGCACGAGUUCGUCUUUUGAUGGAGUAAUUGCGAUGAUGAGUCCUGAGGACAGCUGGGUUGCCAAGUGGCAGCGGAUAAGUAACUUCAAGCCUGGAGUAUACGCAGUCACGGUCACCGGUCGUUUGCCCCCAGGGGUGGUAAGAGAGCUGAAAAGCAGAGGAGUGAUCUACAAGUCCAGAGACACAUCUGUGAGGACAUAGAGCUGUUGUGAACGGCUUACCAGGUUACAGCUUAACGUGGACAAGAAUGCAAUGCAUCGUUUCGUUAUCAUGAGUGUUGGAGAUUUUUCUUUUUUUCUUUUCAAAAUAAACAGGGAUGUAUUUUUACUCAGUUAAGUGUCACUACACUUGGACUUGUUAAUAAAGGAUAUUGAGAAUUA